AUGGCCUUACCUGGAUGUGGAAAUGCCGUUGACAAGGCCGUUAAAGGUCAGUGCUUGAAGUAUUAUGGGCUGCGCUUGACAUGCGGCGACAAACAGUACUUCCGGUGUGACAUCGUUGGCAAGGAGAGAUGGCUGGAAGCGCAUGAUUUAGAACUAAGCGGCGCGUCCAAGUGCAGAUAUGACAAGAGAUUACCACAUAUUUUUAAAAAAAAAGACAAUGUUUUUGUGUGUUAUUUGUUUGUUGUCUUUAUAAACAUCUUGGCUAACAUCGCACUGCCUGUUUUGUCAGACACGCAUAAUAUACUGGGAGCCAAUCCGGAUGCAGGAGCCUGUUUCUGCGCUACAACUGGUGCGGCGGUAUAUGACAAUGCUUGUGGUAAGUCUGUAAGCACAGUGAAAUCUGGGACGUGCAUGAAGUACUGGGGACUACGACUGACAUGCGGAGAAUCUCAGUAUUUUGCCGUGUCUUAUCAAGGAAAGAAAAGAUGGAUUGAUGGGAAGGCCUUCGCUUCUCAGACUGCGCACCAUUGUUCAAUUGGCAGUGGACUUGGCACAGUUGACUUCCGGGGAAAGCAUGUCUCUGACGCUAUUGUAAAACAAAAGCUACACGAAAUCGCUGAUUAUUUCGGCACAAGGCUUUGGGUCACCAGCGGGGACAGAAACGGAAACGGACAUUCUCAUCACGACGUUGGACGUGCUGCCGACUUUUGGCUUGACGGUUGGGACUCCGGCAAGGCAAUCUUUGACCGCCUCAGGUCCAGUGGCAUCUUAGACACCGACUUCCAGGUGAUUUGGCACGGAUCGAUGACGUGUACAUCAGGGGAACACAUUCACAUCGGUCGCUAUGGUGAUGGAAGGAGAACGUGCUGGGUGAACGAGGGCAUAUCACGCUCCAGUGUCUGCGUGUAUAAUUGCAUGUGAAAACUACUGAAAUGCAUUAACAAUAAAUAUGGAGAUAUAAAUUUACUGAUAAAUAUUUUGU